AUGUUCUGUAAACCGUCAGCCAUCUGCCGCAGUCAGUUAGAUCCAGCGGGAAUGGAAAAUGGAGGAUUGACCGUAUAACGAGGGCAUUUCAUCGGUAUUUCUAGCAUAGAGGUGGGUAGAACGAACGCAUUAAUUUUCUAACUAAUACUAUUGAUACAAAGGUUUCAUUUUCCACCUUCACGGUUUGUUCAACGCAAUAUGUCGAGACUGUCGUCAGGUAAUCGAUGGACUGAUCACUGUAUUAAAGCCUGACGGUUGCAGCAACCGUAACUUCUGUACGGCCACAAUAUUUGCUUUCACUCUGGUUGCCUACAUCGUUUUGUUGAAUUUAGCCCAUCUUAUCAGUGGGAGGACUUGUUGAUUUGAUUAUUUGUGAGGUAUGUGUACCAGGUUGGGGCGUCCCCUCCGUGUACAAUAGUCGCUGGCUUCUCGUGGUUGCUUGUAGCAUUAUUAGCCAGGUUCUGCUAGCUACAAGUGCACGUUUUGCGGAGCGCAGUUCCUCAUUGUAGAGGAGAUGUUGCAGACGAAAAAAGACAGAGGAAAUAAGAGGGAGCAAAUCAAAAAAUGAACCCCGCCCAAUCACUUUAAAUCUCCGUGUUGAAUAGAUUUACGUUCGUCGAUGGUUAGAAACAUUUGCUUUCACAGCCACCGUUCGUUAUCCAGCCAAUCAGUUGACAGAAGCUGUUUUCCUAACGGUGCUUUGCAUUGUUUCUCAAACUGAAGCUUACUUUUCAACAAACGUGAUGUUAUUAUCCAGCCUCUAUUGAAUAGUUUUCUCUUUUUUGUCGUAAAUUUUGCGCCUCGGGCCUUUGCGCCGCUCCCUGCUUUGCUAAGACCAACACCAUUUACGACAUAUGUCCAUGUUAACGUGUCACGUGGUUGACGAUUUAUUCGCCGAACAGUGGAAUUUAUCGUUUUGUUUAUUAUAUUAGUGUUAUUUUUUUUGUUCCUCCUCUCGUGCCCCUCCUACUCUUCAUAGCAACAGCUACCCUCCCAUUCACGUGGCAUGGUGUCGUGACCGCGAGCGCAUCAAUGGACAAAACUUGUUUCAUUAAUCACUGCGGGACUCUGGUGGUUACCAACCGCGACUGUACGCCGAGUUUUGCGUAACUUUCGAAAUGCAUACAUACAUUUUUUACUGUUUUUGCGUUUUGUUCCUGGAGCAUACGGGGGAUUUUUCUUUUCUUACCCCAAAUUGUCAAGAAAAUGUUAGCACAACUCGAUGUGUUACAACCCACAUAAGCGCCUCUUAUCCGUGUUCUUACUCUGACCAAAACUGCUAAGUCAUCGUUGAUUUAUCGUUACGAAACGACACAUUGUGUGUUGUAUUCACCAAUGAUUUGUUGUUCAGCCUUUAAUUGAGCUCCCGGGUACUCGUACACACCAACCAGCUGUAGCAUUAUAAACACAACACCGGGGCAAUCUUGUGCAACCAGAUACUACAACUCUACCAUCAACUUUACUUUAACAAAGCUCAACUUUCCACCGUUGACCACAGAGAGAUAACUGUUCAUGGUGGGGUACUGGAGUGCAUUAUAUUGGCAGGUGUUACUGUUUGUGCUUCCUUCAUGUUUUUAAUAAAGUGGACAAAAUAUCACGAGUACCUUUCAAUACAACACCCUUCAGUGCACCUUCAAUAAUAAAAGUUAAAAAAUGAUAGUCUGAUGGCUGAAAAUGCGAUUGCUUCUUGAAAGUAGAGUUUGUGUUGGAGAAUGAUAUAUUGGAUUGCACUGGGUUGCUCACAUGUUCACCAUGUUAUGUCUGGUUGGUGUAUGUUCAAUUUAUUUCCUGUCCAGCAUCUAAAUACUUUUGGACUGAACUGUGUUUUUCUCUUUUUUUGGCAGAUGCUGUAAUCUAAACCAAGACGAAUGAGAACUGGUGCAGUUCCUUCGGUGUGUUCUGAGAAGCACUCUGUUCCUACAUUCUUCACCACUGCUGAACUAAGGUAAAAACAUUAGCAGCUACUUAUGAGCUCGAAAACGCAAGAUUAGCAAACAUGUUUUUUUUCUGGCUGUCAUUCAACAUGUGGCUCUUGAAUUAGAAACAAAGAGGGAAGUAAACAUUAAGUUUUCAGUGCUCUGCAAUCUUAAAUGCAAAAAUCAGCCUGUGGAGGGGAGUUAGAGGUAGUAUCUUUAGAUGUGGUUGUACACGGUGUUAAUGCUGUCAAUUCCUUGGAGUAGCAAACAUGCCUGAUUUAAGUACUGUUGUUGUUGGGUCUAACAAAAAAAUGCACAGAUGGAAAUUUUUGCACUCCUACUUGCAUUGUGAAAAAAAUGCAAAGAUGUGAAAUGACUAGAUAUUUUUCAUGGCUUCACCAUAGAUAGUCAAAUUAAACUUAAGAACUCUUUUUUAUGAUUAGGUAUAUACAUUGGCAAAAGAGUGCUUCAUAUAUUUGCUUGUUCUUGAUAUGCACAAAUAGUAUGGAUUCAUAUCAAGAUGCUAAUCAGCAGUUCUGUGCUCAUACUAGAGCGUAAACAUGUUAUCUUAUGGGUAAACUACAAUUUUAACACCAGGGAUUUCACUUUUUAUUUGACGGUUGGGGUAAAAUCCCCCCAAACUAUGAUAACAUAUGUACGUCAACAUUCUCAACAAAAACAGACCACUCAAAGUAGUUUGCAUUUUUGAUCAAACAGUUGACCCUGUAAAGUACACCAUCUGUUUGACAUCUUGUAUGCCUUAGUGAUCAACCAAUAAACUCAAGUUUAGUUUUUUGCUAUUAAAUGAGAGGCACUCACUGGCACUUUAAAAUAUUUGGUGGAUUAUUUAAAAUGAAUCUUGAUCUUCAUCCCUAUUGACUCACACACACAAUACCUGGAAGGAGCUCAGAUUCACCUUUAAAUAAGCUGUUAUAUGCUGCAACACUGGCCUGGAUAAUUAGUACAUUCUAUAGCUUCCUGUAUGUCCUUGGGGAACUGACUUAUUGACAGAUAUGUGCUUGUUGAUGAUGAUACUCAUGGCUCUUAUUUCCACAAGAUAUGUAAUUUUUGUAUACUUCUCUCCAUUCCAAACAGCCAGAUAAUGUUUCUGAUGUCUUGAUGUUUCUAGUGGUGUUUGAAAGAAGUGAUGGCAUUGCAUAACCUCAGAACAGAUUUUGCAUGAGCACCAUAGGAUGCAAAUGAAAUUUUUGUAUUUGUAAGGUUUUUUUUUUUGUUUUUUUUACAAGAUUAAAACAGAAUGAGAAACCCUACCACUUGAAUGAAUUCCAGGCAGACCUCAUUAUUUGUCUUACGCUAAACUGAAAGAAGUGACUUAUAGCUUGUUUCUUGUGCUCUCCUGUAGAAUCUCAGUUUGAAAGUAGUGAUUGACUCCAUCAUCUAUGGAGGAGAAUGUGAGCCCUGAGCACUCUCUAGCCCCUGAGCCAGAGCAGGGCCAGGACCAUUUGGGUAGCUGCUCUCAAGGUACUAUGGACGAGCUUCUAUUCCUCCUUGAUUUAGGGAGGGGAAAAUUAUUGUUACACAAAUUGUGGCAACAGGUGCUUUGAUUUCCAAUGAUUAAACAUAAUCAAGAAAAUAAAAGCUAUUUAAAGAUCAAAGGGGAGAAAUCAUUAAUCAAUCAUAAAUUUUCAUCACUUUGUAUACUGGCUGUCCUAUGUUGCAGUCCAACUGUUGAGGAUUUGUUUUUUAACCACAGCCUUGUGUUUGAUUGUUCAUAUCCAGGUUUUGUAAACGAGGACAGCCAGCAGAAACAGCCUGAAGAUGAGAAUGUAGCCGAUGAAGUAAUAGUUGAGCCAGACAAAUCUUCCAAGUGCAACAGUGAAGUGAAAAAGACUUGGGGUUUCCGACGAUCCACUGUUGCAAAGAGAGAGAUGCCGGUGGAGGCAGCUGUCGACGGCUCUGAAAACCGUUGCCCCGUGCGCCGCAGUGGCCGGCAGUCGAAGCGCACUGACAAACUAGAGGAAUUCCUCUUGACUGCCAAGAGAGGGUCGAGGCGAAGUGCUCCACCGAGUUUGGAAAGUGGAGAUCCUCCUUCCCAAACUCCAACUGACGCAGAGACGGCAUCAGAAGCCAGCUUUGAUGGCAGCGUUGACACCAAGGCAGCAGAGGACAAGGUGGAGUCUCCAGAGAGGAAGACAAGAGGUGGCGGAAAGAGACAAACCCAGCGGAAAACACGAGGUGGGAGACAGACUCGAGGAGGCGGCAGAGGAGCGGUCAAAGAUGAGGGAAGCUCUGAGAAUGAGGAGGACAACAAGGACCAGUUACCUGAGACGAAAGAUGAAAAGAGCUGUCCCAGUCCUGAAGAUGUGGGGAGCACUAACACAGCGCAGCCUCAACCAGUGCAGGUCCCUGAGAAGGUGGAGACUAGUGAGGGGAAGACAGAAGCUGAAGACAACAAAGACAAAGUGGAAACAGAGAAGGACACAGACAGAGAGACCGAUGAAGAUGGUACAGAAAAGCCUGCUGCUCUAACGGUAAAGCGUGGACCAUUAAGGACUUACAUCAACAAAAAGAGGGCGGCCAAUAAGAACACUGCUUCUGUCAAAGCUCCUCCCCCUGCCUGUAAGAAUACCACUCCUGUCAAGCGGGAGACAAAAGCCAAAGCUGCCCCCACCCCUGGAAAGACGUGGAAGCAGCAGAACCAGGAAGAUAAUGAAGAUGAAGAUGAGGAUGAGGAUGAGUCUGAGUCGUCUUCCUCUUCAUCAUCCAUCGACUCUGACGAUGGAGGUUAUGACCCCAAUGCAUUGUACUGCAUCUGUCGGCAGAAGCACAACAAGAGGUAAUUAGUCCCCCUUACCUGGUUGUCAUAGUGACCAUGAUGGCGGCAGUUGUUUUGAACCAGCUUUUCCACUGUUCUGGUAUUUAUGUGUAAAACAUGUACAAAAACGUGAACUCUUUGAACCCCAGUCUCUCUGUUUCAAACAGAACAUAAAAAGCAGGUAAAGUCAAGUACAGAGAUGAGACAAUGGAGAGUGGGCGUAGCUUUUCACAUGUAAAAUGGCUCAUAGUAGAAAAAAAGGAAACAUUUUUCUUAAUUCAAAUUGUGAUAUAAGUGCAGAAAAUAAAAUGCGAACAGUAAAUUAAGGGGCACCUGGCAGGAUUUAAACAAACCAUGCUGCGUUACUAAUAUAUCAGCUGGUGUUAUGUAACCAGCACUAUCCCUAAGUCCUUAUUCUUUACAAAGGUCACAGUAGGUGUCUUUAUAUCAAAUUUCUUAGUCUUUGAGCGUGUCUGUACUUUGUUUCUUGAAACAUAGAGUUGACCAUAUUUGCAGUCCAAGGCCCCACCUUAGGUCUUAGUUUCCUGCAGAGAAGUCUUAAAUAACUUUUUUCACAUGAGUCUAAAUUCUUCCUCUCUUCAUGGGGGAUUGGAGGACACAGCCCUGAAAUGAGGGCCUUAGGUUCCAUGGGCUAUAUUGUGAGAUACGUCCCCUCUCCUCGUAAGGAUUUGGUCAUUUCAUAGUUCUCCUUUUCAAAGUCUUCAUAUUCAUUUGUGGUGCAAAAUAAGUUGAAAUGUAAGUAAUAUGGAUGGCAUUUCAAAUAGUAAUGAAAAUAUAACCUCACUUAUAGGUCUGAGUAUUUGUGUUAUUUUUGUGUCUCUGUUCAUUUGGGUAGUUAUGGAAACCAGUGUCAGACCCCAUGCUGUCAAUCCUCGACUCUAAAGCAUGAAGAAAGCCAGACAGGGUUAGGAAUUUAGUUUACUCUGAAGAUGAAUGUCUGUUCAUUUAUUUCACAAGGUUCAUGAUCUGCUGCGACCGCUGCGAGGAAUGGUUCCACGGCGAUUGCGUGGGCAUCACUGAAGCCAGGGGACGCCUGAUGGAGAGAAACGGGGAAGACUACAUAUGCCCAAAUUGCACGGCUAAGAAAAACCAGGUGGUCCGACCGGCCACAUCCAUCCUCUCUGCAGAGAUCGGAAAGCCCAGAGCCGACGGUACGCCUUCCAUUCCUGCCUCUUUCGCAGUUGACGCCAAAUCGGACACCAGCAGAGUAAAUGUCAGUGUGCCGGCUGCCCAGGGUGUGGUGGGACCUCUAUCCUCAGGAUCUGAAGAGAGGGUACAUGAGGACCAGGGCAUCAAAGGCAGGAUAGAGAAAGCUACUAAUCCAACUGGGAAGAAAAAGAUAAAGAUAUUUCAGCCGGUAGGUUACAGUUGAUCCCAACCUAAUGUUUGUAAUUGUUGUGUUACUUUUGUUCCUGCUGAAUGUCCGAGCUGCUUUUGUUCUGUGUUAUUCUGGUUAUCGAGAAAAAAAAAGUAUGAUGCUUUCAUCCUGCAGCCCACUCCAGUAAUACACUAGAAAGCUUUAUUUAACACUACUGCUCAUUUUUGAUCAAAUAGAGUUGAAAUUUUAGCAAGCUUGCAUUUUAGAAAGCAUUUAAAUAAAUCUUCCAUCUUGUGCUUUUAAUUCGAUUGCUUGCUGACUUGUGGCAGGGUGUACAGCAGCCAGCUGAACCCAAGACAGACCAGAAAUCAGCUCCCACUGUGGUAAAGAAGGCAGCCCCCACAACAGUGCAGAAAGCACCACCAGACGCAGAGCAGAAGGUGGCAUCAAACGUGGAGGUGAAAACAACAACAACAACAGCCGUAAAGCCAGAUGAGAAGGCCGAGCAGAUGACUGUGGACGAAUCGUCUCUCCCCAAAUGUAUCGGGCCGGGCUGUGAGAGUAACGCUCAGCCAGACUCAGUUUACUGCGGCAAUGACUGCAUCCUGAGACAUGCUGCUGCUGCCAUGAAGUCCAUCACCGAGGAGCCUAAACAGAAGGAGAAAGGAAAUGCUGUGAACACAAAGUCUACACCAAAGGUAACUUGGACCACUUGUACUGGUGCCCUCUGCGUGUCCAGUAAUAAAUGUUCAUGCCUUUUUUUCCCCUAAAGAGUGAAGCAGUGAAAGUUUGAAAGCUAAAUCAGUUAUUCUUGCUCCAGCGUGAUUUCCCAGGAGUUUGUAAGACUUGUUUUUACCACUAAUGUUAAAAAACGACUUUGAACUCAAGUCCUACUCACCAAAGGAUUUCCUGAAGUAUAUUAGACUCUUGUCGAUAUUUGGCUUGUUUGUAAGUAAGGAGAGAUGAGUCAUGUCUGGUGUGCCUUUUGAGGACAGAAAGUUUGCCAGUGUUGUUGGUUAAUAACUGACUGACAUCAAUCAUAACAUGAUCAUUUACAAGCUUGUGUAUAUGAAAUCUAUAAUAGUUGCAUUUGUUUGAUUUGAAAUGUGUGUAACUGGAAUUGAAAUGUUUUGCUGUGUCACAGAUCACUCCUCUUCUUUUGAGAAAGUAAAAAAACAGCAGCCUGAGGCUGCUUCACCCAAAUUUUCUCAGGGUCUCAGGAUGGGGUUUUAAAAGCAUAAGUCAUCAUCACAAGACUGUUGAUCUUGGGCUGGUUCAGUCAGUUCAGAUAGCUUUAGUAUUGUUUUGAACUUCUUUGAAAGUGUGUCUUUCUUAUAAAUUGUUGCUACUUGACUCUGAAAAUGCGCCUCUUUAAGAAAUAAUAGCAACUGGUGAUCAACCUUGAUUUUGUUAUGAAGCAGGCUGUUUCAUUAUGGGAACAAAGUCACAUUCGAUCAGUGGUAAGUUGUGAUUGAGUGGGUUAAAUUCAAUAGAUCGGAUCCAAACAAAGUGGCAUGACUGUUCUUUAUAAUUCAUUACUCUGUGUAGAUUCAAAGUGUGUGAGCCUGAUUUUCUCCAGCUCAGACUAUUCGACGACUUUAUGAAGGGAAACCGUCUUGUCUUGAUAAGAUGACAUUGGUCGUUAGUUUCUUGUGUUCAUUAACAUCAGAACAUAAUAUGACAAUUUAAAUCUUAGCAGGAUGUGUUUACAUUGAUAUGGGUCUUUAUACUUGGUGCUGUCGUAGUUGGCGCUUCUACUGUCCUGUUUUGUUCAGAAGUAAAUUGCCAUUAUUUGUUAAAGCACAGUAUAAGGUGUGAAACUAUAAAUAGUGCAUAUCAACUUUUGCUUCUAUGUGUAAUCAAAUAUUGUGUUAAAAUCAUUGCAGUUACACCAAAUAAACCUCUGCAUCAACAGAAAUCAUGACAGGGGUCAAAUUGAGUGAAGUAAUUGUUAGAAAUAAUUGGCUGUUUGAUGCGAACUCCUCUAAAGAUUUUCUCAUACAUCUAAAGAACUUACGGACUGCACCUUUCAAAGAGCUGAGUAAUGUAGUCUGCAGUGAUGUGCUCCAAGCUAACUUAUUUCAGAUGGCUUGUAAGUUCAUGAGACUAUUCAGGUGGUGUUUGAAUCUGAAGAACUUCUGAUUAUUGAAAGCUUCUUAGUCUUGAACUUGCUUCGUGAUCCCGUGCCCUGUGCUCAAAAAACUGUGUGGCUCUCCAGUAAAGAGUUUCUGCCAAAAUUAAAUUUAACAUGUUUGGCUGAAAUGUGACUAAGUUUAUACAGCUCAGAUGCUGCAUGGAGGGCAUAAAAAUGCUUGUGUACAUUAAAAAACUGUAUUAAAGCUGUCAAGGUGCAUCAUGCAGAACAAGCAAAGACACGCACAGUAUAGUAUCCUGUUUCAACAAGAUUUUCCAGGCACUUCAACAUUUCAGAGGGGAACUGUCCACAGAUUUAAACUUGUAAACAUUUUCAGCACUGUUUUUUAUUUAAUACUACUUGCCACAGGUUGAUACAAAAAUGGUUGAAUGUGUGUUUUCCUGUCCACUCAGAGGAGCAGUGCUGGUGGAAAGAUGCAGAAGACACCUCAGGAGGAGUCGGACAGCGAGGAACAGCACAGCACUGACCCAGAGGAGGACGAUGAAGAUGAGCAUGCUGAAGAACACCCGCCCCCGCCGACCACUGCGUCCUGGUCCAGUGACCAUAAUUACAUUGCAGUAACACCAGAAAAGACUACACCCAUAUCACCAACAGUGUUAAACAAAAAGUGUAUGUAUCUCUUUGAAGGUCUUGACCUGUUGUUGAAAGUACAUCACUGUUGUUUUUGAUAGGAGUGUGGCUCCUGUGUUUUUACAUAAUCUAAAGGUGAGCCACACAUACUGGGGGAGAACAUCAGGGCUCUUGAGAAGAACUCAGUUGUAUGCUAGACUCUAAUGAUUUGCAGUGUUUUGAUUGUGUAACUAUGAAAUGGUAGCAGCCUCUGAAAAGGUAAGUACUACGCCUGGCUUCAGGUAAGUAUCUAACCUUUCAGCACAUUGUUAUUUUAAAGGGCACAACUGACUGACCAAAGAUCGCACAGGGCAAGGGAAUUUUUGUCGUUCAAAGUCUUAAAAGCAUUGCCAGGCUUGGAAAACCAGUCCAAGAAUCCAACCAGAAAGCCUGAGUUCCAAACUGAAGCAAACUGAGCAGGAAAGUCCAGUGAGUGGCGCUAAGGCAUUAUGGGAAAUGUAUGAUCCAGCAGAUGUUUUUGUGUUUGUUUUCAGAGCUUGAACUAUGUGGGGCAGUGAACUCCUCUGCUUCAUUAAAUUAGAUUUGCUGUCUCUCUUAUUUUUCAGUGCAAUAUCGAGAGUUCCCCUUUCAUAAAAAUCAGUUCAAAUUGAAACCUUUUUUUAGGAAUCUGAUUCAGAAAGGAGAAGGAAGUAACUAUAAACUAAGAGCCCUUGGUAGGGAAUAAUGCUCAGCCUUGAGAUGUGUGGUUGUGAUAAAUGGACUGGUGCUAUUUUGUUUAUACAUGUGCCUCAAAUGACCUGCACUGGUCUCUCCACUUUCUGGGUUCUUCACCUCAGCUGUUGGACUCAAAAAAGUCCCCCUCCCCCCUAUUCUACACCAGGUAGGUGUCUCAUAGUGGCUCCAUGAUUAUAUGGACUGAUGAAGCUAAUGGCUCAUAUUGAGCAGAUAAAACCAGUUACAACUUUUCUUUCUGCCAUUAAGUUUGUUGAUAACAGGCUGACAUUUUUCCAAGUUUUUUUCAAUUCAUAUUGAAUAUGAUGCAUCUCCUCUCGUGGGAAACUGGCUUUAAAAAAAUAAAAGCUGAUUUAACAGAUUAUAGGAUGCCUCCAUUGAUUAUGUGAGCAGUGUUGGCUUGAUACACAAAGUCCUGACCAGUUCAGCAAAAAAACAACAAAAAAGCAUGUACCACUGAUAAAUCUACAUACUGCCUUGAGACAUGACACUUCAAGAGACCCAGAUGGUGAAUAGCUGAGAGGAAGAAGCUCGGCAUGGAGACCAGACUACCUGGAAAUACCACGGUGAAGUUCCGAGGAGCCAAGUAGAAGAUAGGAGCUGAAGACCUGGGCUGAAGGCACAGAUUCUGAAGAGGAAGACCAAUGCUCGAAGUGUUUUAUACAAUGUGCAACUGAUGAGAUUUGAUGCAUAUUCAGAGUUGAAUGGAAAUGAGAUUCAGAUUUAUUAGAACUGUAGAUAGGCUUUUGAUUUGAAAAUUUUCCUUGAGAUGCGAAGUGCUGAUCUAAAAUGCAUCUUUACAGGACAGGGGAUCAGUCUGACUGCAGGUUCAUGUGUUUUGAGUAGGAAGAGGAAGUUCUGGUUCAUUGACCCAUUUUCAUAGCUUAUGUUUUGCUGCUUGAGAUUUUGUUUGGUAUGAAAACCCAUCCAGAAGUCUACUGAAUUUGCUCUCCUGGGCUCCUAAUGUUUUGCACAAUAUGCCUGGUUUAUCCAAUCUAGUGGGUGUAUAUUUAGUCUAUCAAGGUUGGGGAAUUGUCUGUAUUGAUCCUAAUUUGACAUUUGAUGAACUAACAUCUGCUGCUGCUGGUGGUCAUAAGUGUAGAUUUUGAAAGUGUGGGUUACAUAUGCUGUAGAUGGGUUGCCAACAUUUUUCAGGGUUGACAAAUAGUUCUAGUAUUUGUUUUAACAACUUGCAAAUUGUUUUGGAUCAAAGUUGCAGGUCUAGCUUCUUGCUAUUUCAGCUAUUCAAAUUGUCAUCGCUGAGGUUUGUAGCUUCAGAUUGACAAAUCCUUCAAAUUAUUUUUGAAUUUUAUAUUUUUUGAAUUUAGAAAUUAAAUUUAACAAUUAUUUUCCUUUAUGCAGAACCACUCUUAAAAUGUUUGCGAAGGAAUAGGACAUUUAUUCUCUAGUUGUAAAUCAGUUGGGCUAAAUGUUUCAGUCAGUAAAUAAAUGGUUGAUGCCGUUUUUUGAUGCACUUUUAUGAGAGCCCGGUCGUGUCAGUGGCGGCUGAGGGGAAGUUGCUUUUGCACAGGACCUGGUACGCUGGCAUCAUUUCUGUCUUGUAUGGGUACAUGAGAACUGAGAAGCCAUCUUUUAUGGAGCCACUUGUAGUCUACUGUAGUCUUGUAGAAUAAAUUGGGCUCCUUGUGCUGCCUAGUUGUCUGAAUUUUUUCACGUGUUUUGGACUGUUAGCAUGCAAAUAUGACAAAAGAGGGGGUGUCACUGUUGAGAUUUCACUUUUUUAGUUCUAUGACUUAUUAUUGACCUCUUUGAAGAGCAUAUAACUUCAACAGUAUAUAUUCCUUUGUAUCACUGUAUUCUGGUGUAACAACCAAAAGGGGUUAUUACUACUACAGGUUAAAUACUGUAUAAAUACAUGUCUUAUGCUGCAAAGGAAAAUGAGAGCGUCCAUUAAAGUUUUUGAUCUUGUGUUUGGUUUGCAGCUCCCCUCAAAGAAGAGAAGCAGUGUGAGAAGGAACAGAAAGAAAAGGAACCUGCCCCAGCUCCAGAGAAACCUCAGCCAGUGUCAACACCAACACCGGUUAAACGAAACAAGAAGGCCUCACCCACCAAACCAACCAAGGUUUCCCCAAAGAAGGGCAAGAAGCCGUCCACUCAGACCUCCAGCUCCAAGGCGUCUAAGAAACCUGUAACGCCACCAAGCAAAGCCACAACAAGGUCCAAGAAGCCAGGUCCACCGUCUGCCCAAACCUCAUCACGUUUUCCUCCAGGUCCAAUCCAUGUCACUGGAGCACUGAGAGUGACCAAGUCCAACUUCACCAUUCCUAAGAAACAGCCACAGCAAAAGGAUGCUUCUUCUCAUCCUCAGUCGUCUUCAUCCCCCAGAGUCCCAUCCUCUCCAGUUUCCUCAGGUUCAUCCCAUCACUCCUCCCCCUCAUCAUCUAGACCUCCACACCCAGCUGCUUCAGGACCUCCUGCGUCCCCCAUGCCACCUCCACCCAACAACCAGAUGAGGCAGAACAUUCGCCGCUCGCUGACAGACAUCCUUUUUAAGAGGUAAGAAUCCUGGGAGAAUUAGGCAAAAUGAGAUGAGAUGGUGCAGAAUAUUUUAAACAGAAAUGAAUGUGUACUUUCCAUCAGGGUGAGUGACAGUGAUGAUCUGAAGAUGACUGAAAGUGAAGUUGGGAGGCUUGCAGUUGCCAUUGAAAAGGAAAUGUUCAACCUCUGCCUCAGCACUGACAGCAAAUACAAAAACAAAUACAGGUCCCUGAUGUUCAACCUGAAAGAUCCUAAAAACAAAGUAAGCACAAACCAACUUUUAUUUCAUUCACAGAAUGCAACUUUACUUCAUUACAGAGUUGGGUUUGUUAGAGCAGCCUCUAAACCUGAGAGACUUUGGAGUUCAGUGUAUAUCAGGUGUUGAAAUGUGAACUAGUGUGCUUUAUGUUUGUUUCAGGGCUUGUUCUACAGGGUGGUGGGUGGUGAGGUUACUCCUUUCAGACUGGUGCGACUAAGUGCAGAAGAGCUGCUUUCCAAAGAAAUAUCUGAGUGGAGGAAGCCCGAAGCUCCACAGGUGAAUUUUACUUCUCAUACCAGUGAAAUACCAUGUACAAGCCAACCAUGGGUCCAGAGGUUGGUCCUCAGGCUCAGUUCAACUUGCGGGUUUACAUGUUGCUUAAAAUUGAUGAUGCCUACAACAUGUUUGUCUUCUACAGGCCCAUUCCCCCAGUUCCAGGGUCCAUUCAGGGCAGUUCAAACAAGGCAACAGGCAUGACUCAGGCUCACAUAGCAUGGAAGUAGAGGAUGCUCCACCAACAUCUGAUGCAGAUGUAUGUAUCUCUACCACAACUUCAUCUACUCGCAUGGCUUCUUCUGCAGUAAGUGGUGGCAUGCUGUCUUCCACACCUUUUCCAUCUUUGCUUCAGGGCUUUAGUUUACACACUACUACAAAAAAGCAAACUAAGAUAUUUUAGAAAUAUUGCAGAUUAGCUAUCUUGCCAACUGUCCUGUUUUUCUGCUGUCUAAGCAUUUUCAAACUUUACUUGCUUCCUCCCUGCAUGCGGUUAUAGUUGUAUACGUAAAAAGAAAAACAAGUUAAGCUUACUGUGAUUGGUAAGCACUCAUUUAUAUUUGCUCUAGUUCUCAUAAAAAAUGCUUUUUCUCUGUGCCACAGGACCAAGAUGACUCUGGCUUUACCUCUUCGGGGACUCAACCCUCAACUGUAGAGGGGAAUAGUAGCAGCAGCAUGCCUGACUUUUUCAGUAACAUGCUUAAAGACACCACAGCUGAACACAGAACUCAUCUAUUUGACCUGAACUGUAAAAUAUGUACAGGUACAUGAAGUGUCCUGGUUAUAUUCAACUGGUGGCCUUCACUGAGUUAUUACAGAACAGACAGUAAAGUGUUUUUUAUCUCCACCCUUCAGGUCAGAAGUCAGAAGAUGAACCAACACCUAAGAAGGCCAAACUUGUCAAAAAACCUGAAACUAAGCCGCUGCAUCCAUCCAGAUCAGGGGAUGUCUCUCCUGCCAGUCAAUCACAGGUCCCCACAGUUUACCAACACUCAAUCCCUUCAUCCUACCAGUCCACUAUGGAGCAGGUUGUCCCAGAAUCACAGCCACAACUCUAUCAGGAGGACCUCAAUAUGCAGGCACCCCCAGUGCAGGCCCCAGCACCUGUUGUCCCCACUGUGUCAUCUGUCAGCAUCACGCGUAGAGACCCACGUAUGGCACGGCAUGGAUCUGGUGUGACUGUAACUUACACCGCCCCAGAGAAACCAAUUAAUAACACAGCAGAACCGGUCCCUGAUACAGUCAGUGCUACAGUGGAGGCUGCCCCCAAAGUAUCCCUGCCGAUGCCCCCAGCUCCACCACCGUCAGUAGCUGUGUCCAAACCUGCUAAAACAAGGUGUUUUGACUCCUUGUGAUUUCUCAAAUGGUUUUGCAAUUUCUUGAUUUUGUACUCUUUAAAAUGUUUUACUGUAUGUAUUAUGAUAUAAAAUCUGCUUUUCUCUUUAACAUGAUUUCUCUUUACAGUACAUCAGAGCCUCCACCUGAGGGCGAGACAGCAAUCUUCCUCCAUGGUCAGGAGAAGAUUUGGAAAGGAUUUAUCAACAUGCAGUCAGUGGCUAAGUUUGUGACCAAGGCCUACCUGGUGUCAGGAUCCUUUGAACACCUGAAGGAGGUUAGUUCUUACAGCUGCAUAAUGAGAUUUUACUGUAUUUCAAACUAAAUAAUCAAUACCAAGCCUUUGGGGAUAUACAUAAAAGAGAAAACACGUUUAUUUGUUCAUGCCAUGCAGGAUUUGCCAGACACCAUUCAUGUUGGUGGACGCAUAUCUCCAAACACAGUGUGGGACUAUGUUGGUAAACUGAAAACCUCACUCUCCAAGGUUUGUUUUCUAAGAAAAGUUAAUUUUACUCUAAAGUGCUCAACAUCUAUUCAGUGGUCUUGCAUCAGUUACACACCGUUGUGUCUCUCCCUUUUUCUUUCUGUUUGCAGGAGCUAUGUCUGAUCCGUUUCCACCCAGCCACAGAGGAAGAAGAAGUGGCAUAUGUCUCUCUUUUCUCUUACUUUAGCAGCAGGAAACGAUUUGGUGUGGUGGCCAACAACAACCGCCGCAUCAAAGACCUCUAUCUCAUCCCACUUGGCUCAAAGGACCCAUUACCCUCUAAACUCUUACCGUUUGACGGGCCAGGUAAGCAUUUACAGGGAUACAAAACACAGCUUUGUUUACACUUGAAUGGUAAUGCCUUUAUUUGAAUUGUGUUUUUUUGGCCUUUCUUUGUGGUAAGUAUAUUUCAUGGCAUCUUUACAGUGGACCCUGGUGGAAGUAAGAGCAUGUGAUAUUCAUGGGUUUGAACUGUAGGGGGCACUCACUCCUUGUUGAGUGGCCUCUGUGUGUAUGACAUCUGUGUUUUCUGCUGAGUGUCUGAUUCUGUAUCACAUUUCCAAUAAAGAGAGUUUGCAUCACAGGUUGGUGCCAUUUAAGUCCAGUCUCAGCCUGUUGAUUUUUAAGUCCUGUUUUGUAUAUAAACGUAUUUAAACAAAUGUGUGAUCAAUUGAUUUCUGUGAAGUCACUUGUCAGUCAGUUUGUAUGGUUAGAAGGUGAACUGCUUUGAUGAGAACUCAAGAAUCAGCUGAUUAUUUAGAAUAUUCUUUAGAGAUUUUACAACAAGGUAAUCAGUACUACCAUGACUAGCACAGACGGGGAAAAUAAAGGCUGUACCCCUUAAGGAUCGCAAACAUCUUUUUUAAAUGAGCAGCAUCUAAAAUUUAAGUAUGAUAUUUACCAUUUUGCUGUAUCUGUAACCAGGUUGAUAUUACAAAUAAAUCUCAACACUUGAUUUUGAAUGAUCAACAAUACUUUUUUCAGAUUACUGUCUGUGCAGUCUCCCCAUGAGUUGUGCUUACACAGUCAUUUGGGGGAGAACAGUAAUGUUGGUAAAUGGCUCAAGUGAUUGUAUCUGAUUUAAUGUGACUCAAGGUAAUAUUUGGUUGUAAAACUAAAGACAAAGGCCUACCAAGCCACUGAAAGAAUAAAACACAUAUUUGUAUAUGCCUAUUUAUACUUUGAUAUUUUUUUCUUUUUAAUUUUCAAUUCAAAAAGCUGGAUGACCACAGGGUUCGAGAUUUGCUGACAAGGAAAAUUGUAGUGUUACCUAGAUUGUUAACCUCUGUAUAUAAGGAUAAAUAUUGUAUUGGGAACUGUUUUUUUUGUUUGUUUUUCUUAUUAAUGAAUUUUUAAAAAAUUAACAAUCAGAAUUAGUCUUAUAUCAGUUUCACAGGAGGACUGCUUAUAUUGGGGAUGAUGUUUGUAGUUUUUAAGUGAUUCCAAGGCUGUUGUCUGUCUUGCAGGGCUUGAACCAGCUCGUCCUAACCUCCUCUUGGGUUUGCUGAUCUGCCAGAAGGACAGAAAGCGUGCUGGCGCUCCUGUGGAAACAGAGGAAAAACGGUCCAAGACUCAAACCAAAGAUGCUGACGACACCGGCCCCCUGAAGUCAUCGGCUGCAGUCAAAGCAGACAGAAGCACACGGCAGAGCCUUGAAAUUCCCUUUAGUACAACUCCUCCAGGUUCACCUCCAGCUAGCUCUUCUGAGACGUCAAGCAGCAGUGUGACUGCCUCUUCUGUCCUUUCCUUUUUGUCCUCUGUCAAAGCUCCAGCAACGUCUACUACCACCGACAAGGACUCUCCAUCAUCAUCCAGCUCUGUUACGUCCUCUUCAGCAGCUGCCACUCCACUUCAGACCAUCCUCAACACUCUUUUUGCAAAGAAAAAGCACGACUCAGCUUCCAACUCUCCUUCUGAUCAUGGAGGCGAACUUUCUGUUCCACACACAACAAUGCUAGACCCUAUUGUGAGGCAGUAUGCACAGAGCACUAAAGAGGAACAGAUGGAAGAGGAUGAAGAUGACAGACCGUAUGAUCCAGAGGAAGAGUAUGACCCCAGUGUGGGCUACGGUUUGCCCAAGAAGCUUGAUGUGGUGGAGGUGAAACCUGAAAUGUCUGGGCAGCCUGAUGUAAAUGAAAAUGUUGAUGAUGUGGCAUAUGACCCAGAGGAUGACUCUAUUUUUGAGGAUGUCAAAACUUUGGUCCCGGGUCAGGUUAAGACUGAAACACAAACCCUAGCUGAUCCACAAAAGAUCUUGGAGAGUCUUAGACGGAUUGGGGAUGAGACAUUCCAGAAACAAGGAGAACAACAGACAACAGGGACGCCAGGUACCUCAUUGACACUUCAAGACACACUGUUGGCUCAACCCACCAAAUCCCUGCUGGCCAACACUCAGCUGUUACAACUUGGCAAAAAAGUUGAGGAACUGGUAAAGUCCUCAACUGUUGCUCCUUUGAUAAACCAGAGGAGAGACCCCAGGCAGAGCAGGGAUCCCCGACAGGCUGUGACUGAUAGGAGACUGAGCGGAGAACAUGAAGAGAAAGAGGAGGCAUCUUCUCAGCAAGUGGAUUCUCCUCCUGCCUCACAACCUGUGGUUCAAGAACCUCAGGUGUCUGAUGGAGCGGAACUCCCAGACUCCUCACAAGACCCCGAGGCAAUGCAGCCUAUCGAGGGAGUGAAAAGUGAGAUCCUUCCCUUUAUGGAGUCUAACAAGACAGAGGUGUCCAUUCCUUUAUUAGGGGAAGAGGUGGAACCUGAUAUGGAGGUCAACUACAUGGAUGAGAAAGAAGAACAAAGUGAGGAAGCUGAGCCAGUGAAGGCAGAAAAAGAGAUGGACAAGUUUAGUAUUUGGCCUAAUGCAGCCAGUAUUUUAAAAGCUGGAGAUCACUCAGACUAUGAUGACAACAGCCAAGAUGCACCACCCUCAAGUUAUUACAACGAGCCCCCUAACACCUCCACCAUUACCUCCACAAUCCCAGUUCUCACUCAGAGCUCAGCAGUAGUGGACUCUAAGCCCCAUCACCUCCCACAUCACACGUCAGCUUCAGGCUUUGAUAGUGAGUACAGGCCUCCUGCUGAAAUUCCCCCACCCUCGAACUAUCCCCCACCCCACCUGAUGCAAGGACAAAACCUGAUCAUGAGGCCUCCGCCAAUGUCCAUGCCUCCUCCAAUGCAGGCUCUCCCACCAAUGUCGGGGCCACCACCUAUGCAGGGCCCCCCUCCACCUAUGCAUGUGCCUCCCCCUAUACGUGGUCCUCCCCCUAUUCAAGGUGGCAGCAGCCAACCGUAUGGCCCACCUCCAGCGUCAUACCCUCCCUAUCAAAACCAGUGGCCAGGCGCCCAACAGCAACCUCCACCCCAACAGCAGCAGCCACCACCUGGACCAGUUCCUCAGAAUAUUAUGCCACCCAGAGGACCACUACCACCACCAUUCCCACCAAUGGCUCAAAGACCGCCAGCACCUCAAAUGUUUGAGCCCUCCAUUCCCCCUCAACACAUUGUACAGCAGGGUCCCCCACCAGGCCUUCCCCGGCUUCCUGCUUUUGAUGGACAGAGCACUGUGCCACCUCCAAGAUUCACAGGCCCUCCACUGCCAUUUAAUUUCCCUGCAACCCGAGGUCCUCUUCCAACUUUCACCGGGCCACCUCCUGGUCAUUUUGACAACAGACUCCCUCCUCCGUCCCACUUCCCGGGGCCCAGAGGUCCUCCACCUCCUCAGUAUGGUGAUCAUGGGGCUCAACCCCAGAUGGGUGGCACAUCUCGAGGCCCGGCAGAGCAGUAUAACAAAGACAAUUCAAACUCCUUCAAGUUAAAUGUGGACCCAAAUCCAAACCCUCCUCAUACUUUUAAAGACAAUCAGGGCCCCCCUUCAGGUCCAGCAUACAGGGGACCUCCACCUAACCAGUUUGAGGACAGAAGAGGCCCUCCUCCCAGUGGUGAGAUCAGUGGACAGCGCUUUAGUCCACACAGCCAGUAUGGGCCCCCAAGACCUCACUCUUCCCCCCCACAUAGAGGCUCUUUUGAUGAGCCGAGAGGUCCUCCCCCUCAUGAGAGUAGAACCCAUGCCUCUCAACGCUUUGGGGGAUCAGAGCGUUACCGCUUCGAUAGGCACUCUGAUGAGCCAAGGCCUGUUCGUCACAGUGGUCCACUGUUGCCAACUCCUCCAGAGGCUCCCAUAGGUCCUCCAAGUCGUGCAGGGGCCCACAGUCCGGACCUGCACCGGGAGGACCACUGGCGCCGCCACUCCCCUGAACUAAGGAGGAGGGCCAGCACCAACCGUGAGGACUCGGAGCCACGAAGUGGCGAUCGCUUCAGUCGCUUUGAUGGGCACAGAGAACCUCUUCCUGGUUCCUCACAGCCUUCUGAAGAGAGAUCGAGGGAACUAUCAGAGGAUAGGCGGAGGGACAGAGAGCGAGAAGUCCCCCACCCUGGCAGGCCGUCAUGGGACAGAGGUCAGAACAAGCGGUGGAGCAGAGAACGCGAGUGGGACAGAGGCAAAGACAGGGACCGUGAUCAAGAGCGAAGCAGAGAAAGGGAUCGCGAUCGAGAGCGUAGCCGAGAGAGGGAACGCAGCAGAGGACAGGAGGGUGAGAGGCACAGGGAAUCAGAGGGAGAACGACACAGGGAUCAAGACACUGAUAAGAGGAGGGACCGGGAGAGAGACAGGGAAAGAGACAGAGCGAGGGAUUCUGACAGGAGGGACUAUGAUCGUGAUAGGACAAGAAACCGGGAGCGUGACCGGGAGCGGGAUCGUGACAGAGAACGAGAGAGAAGACGGGAAAGAUCUAGAAGCAGAGAUCGUGACAGGGACAGAGACCGUGGGAAAGAUCGGGGUAGAGAGAGAGACAAAGAGCGAGAGAAGGAGAAGGAGAGAGAUAGAGACAGGGAUAAAGACCGGGAACGCCGUGACAGGAGCAGAAGCAGAGAAAAAAGGGACGAUAAAAAGGACAGCAAACGUGAUACACCUAAGGAGAGCGAAAAAACAGCAGGAAAUGACAAGAACAUGUCCUAGUCUGCCUUAUGGACACCACGUUAUGGUUUAAGAGAGACUGUAAACCUUUUUGUACAUGUAGAUGGACAGUUUUCUGUUUGUUCUACUGUUGUGUACCCUAUUUCAAAAGAAGAAAAAAAAACUGACUGUUGUGUUCACUUCAAGGUUUCUGUUUCUUUUAUCACAUUGAAAAAACUAAGGCUGAAAUUAAUCUUGAAGGCUACUGAGUCCUGUAACAUGAAAGUUUGUCUAGUUAAUCAUGAUCUCCUUUUUUAAAGAAAACAAUGUAACCGUGACACCUUUUUUCAAGUGUAAAUAUGAAAAUACUCCUGUAUAUACUGAUGUUUUUAAUCAUACUUUUCUAAGUAGAAAUAUCAUAAGCCAUAUAUCUCAGAUGGAUAAUGUGAAAGUUGAAAAAAUAAACUGCUGUUUUCACAGAAACGUUAAAAUGUGCAGAAGAUUUGAACUUAAAGGCUCCAACUAUCUACAGUAUACACCCCAUCUAUGGUUGUUAAUUAAAUGUCCUGAUUUUCUUUCAGUUCGACCAAUAAAACUAGUUUGAUCACAUGUGGGUGUCUUCUUUCUGCUGUGACCCUGGCUCUUAAACUACAGUAUAUGUAUGCACAAAUGCAGGUUGUGACAUUAGAGUGCGGUGAUAUAUGCAGGAUUUUACACGGUUACAUUUCAUAGCCAGGUAGACCAACAACAGGAAAAGAG